CUUUUUCUCUUCGUAGCAUCCAUCGAUAGAUCAUUAAUUGCUGCUGAUUUUCUUCACAUCUCUUUGGAUUGAUCUCAUCUUCUUCUUCUCUUCUAUUGCUCGAUCUGCAGCUUCAAUCACAUGGCAGAGACUGAGAAUCAUAGCCCGUCUCUGUCUAAGCCAUACCAAAUGGGUCGCUUCCUCCUCUCACAUCGGGUAGUUCUGGCACCUAUGACGAGGUGUCGGGCUCUAAAUGGAGUUCCACAGCCUGCUAACAUUGAAUACUAUACCCAAAGAGCCACUGACGGUGGUUUGUUGAUUACUGAGGGGACCUUGGUUUCACCCAAAGCUGCAGGGUUUCCACACUGCCCUGGAAUUUACACUCAAGUGCAAAUAGAUGCGUGGAAGAAGGUUGUUGAUGCUGUGCAUGCUAAAGGAAGCAUCAUUUUCUGCCAAUUGUGGCACGUAGGAAGGGCUUCUCACCAAGUUUACCAACCUCGUGAUGAUUCCGCUCCAAUAUCCUCUACGGAUAAGCCGAUCUCUGGGAGGUGGAGGAUAUUGAUGCCUGAUGGAAAAUAUGGUACCUACCCAAGGCCUCGCCGUCUUUCUGCUUCAGAGAUACCCAAAAUUGUGGAGCAGUACAGGCAAGCGGCUGUCAACGCAAUCAAAGCAGGUUUCGACGGCGUGGAAAUCCACGGGGCCCAUGGAUACAUCAUAGACCAGUUUCUCAAAGAUGGCAUCAAUGAUCGGUCCGACGCCUACGGCGGUCCGCUCCCGAACCGCAUCCGCUUCCUCGCCGAAUUGGUCCAUUCAGUGACCUCUGCCAUUGGGCCCAGCCGAGUCGGCGUCCGAGUAUCCCCGGCCAUUGACCACCUUGAGGCCCAUGACUCCGAUCCCCUCUCCCUCGGUCUUGCUGUUGCCGGGAAGCUCAAUGCAAUACAGUCCACCGCCGGUGAGAAGCUCGCCUACCUCCAUGUCACCCAGCCGCGAUACACGGCGUACGGUCAAGCAGAGGCUGCGCGGUAUGGUAACCCAGAAGAGGAGAGCCGUCUGAUGCGGGCUUGGCGAGAUGCGUACGAUGGGACGUUCAUUGCCAGCGGUGGCUUCACCCGGGAGCUCGGUGAGGAGGCGGUGGCCGGAGGCGCAGCAGACCUAGUGUCUUAUGGCCGGCUUUUUAUCUCCAACCCGGAUCUGCCAGAGCGGUUUAGGCUUAAUGCCGGUCUGAACCGGUACGUCAGAUCGACUUUCUACACGCAGGAUCCAGUGGUCGGGUUUACAGACUAUCCCUUCUUGACAGAGCAACGAGCCCAAUCUCGGCUGUGAAGAAAUUGGCCCAAUUAGCUGCGUGCUUCUGCAAUUUAUCUAGACGUAAUGUUAAUCUUAUUAAUAUAAAUAUUAGAAAAUAUUUGAAUUAAUAUAUUUGGAAUGUAAU